GCGACAGUUGAGGGGCCAUUUGAAUCCUAAGGGAGAGGAUUGUGCUGUGCGAUGGGCGUGCUAGAUCCGAAGUGACAUCGAGAGGUUGACAGAUAUAUUGGUGUGAUUGUCAGCACGAAGGCACUACAUUUUCGUGGUGGUGGUGGGCUUUUGCAUGGGUGGUGAAGGGCAUAGCGAUGGAGAGGGGCACUGGGUCUCAGUUUCGCUUUCUGCCAAGGGAGACGGCGGAGAUGGAAGCCUUAUACAAUUCAUCAAGCAACGGGCAGUUGGGACGGAGUGAUGUGGAGGCCCUUGCAGCCAAGUUCAGCGCUGCGCCUGAGCGUGCAGGGCAAAAACCCAUCACGUGUAAACAGGUACUCAACUGGUUUCAGUACAAGCGCCACAACAUGAGAAUGAGGGGAGCUCUUAAGAACGACAGCGAGCUGCAACAGCAAAAACAACAACAUCCAGCAUCCAAACAGCCAUCUUCAGAUGGUCUUGCACGGACAGUUAAAGAGGAGACGCCUACGCCUGCUUCUUCUGGUACAGGGGGCAGAACCAAGGCACAAACUAGUGCUGCCGCUCCAGAUAUCAGUGCUGCUGCUGCUACCUUCAUGGGUCGACAAGGUCAGGGGGGAGUUCUUGCAAAUGAAUCUGGAGGAAGAGGGGUUGUUCCAGCUGCUGGGACUGGAGAUUCCAUCAGAGUGGGGGGCUUCUCAGCCCCCACCGGUUCUGGACUGCCAGCCCUUCCGCAGUACAUGGACUAUGAAGCAAAGUCCGCGAGGGAUGGAGCCUGGUAUGACGUCGAGAAGUUUGUGGGUUGGCGCGACAAUGAAUCUGGUGAAAGGGAGGUCAAAGUGCGAUUCACGGGGUUCGGACAGGAAGAGGACGAAUGGGUGCAUGCUGAUCUAGGCCUUCGACAGCGAUCGCUGCCCUGUGAGGGUUCAGAGUGCAUUGGAGUUCUCCCGAAUGACCUUGUCCUUUGCUUUCAAGAAGGUAAUGAUCAAGCCCUUUAUUAUGACGCUGACGUCUUGGAUGUCGAGAGACGUCAGCAUGAUGUUCGGGGAUGCCGGUGUCGUUUUUGUGUACGUUAUCGUCAUGAUCUGCAGGAAGAGAUUGUGCCGCUCCGAAAGAUUUGUCGUCGCCCAGAGACAGAAUACCGGCUUCACAUGGCUCGAAUGGGAGGCCUCCCCUUGCAGCCAUCACUAGCUUCGGCCGCUGCAAGACUUGCAAUGGCCCCCUUGGCAGCACAUCAAGUGCAGCAGCAAUUGCAACAACAGAAACGUCAACAAUUGCAGCAACAGCAGCGCCAACAGCAGCUGCUUCUGCAGCAACGAAAGAAUCAAUCGCUUGCAGUGUCCGCCGUGCCAGCCGUACCUCAGAUACUGUCCCAAGCAACGGUAGCGCCAGGGGCCGCUAGCGAUGGAGCAACUUCUUUGGCUAUGCCUCCCACACAUCUUCAAGCAGCCCUUGCUUCGAUGCCCUCGGUGCCGACUCUGGUGACUUCACCAACGCCAUUUCCACUGCCUUCACUCUCCUUGCCUUCACUGGCACCCGUCGUGAGUGGCAGUGCUCCACAGCUGGGCUCUGGUGCUUCUCCUCCUCCUGCUGCUACUGCUCCAGCCUUCCUCUCCACAAACAUCAAUGGAGGAGGGAAUGGGACAACUGCUAUCGCUGGAGUUGUGGCCGAUACUCUAUCUUCCAUGUCGUCUGCAUCUGUGGCUUCGACCAGUCCACUUACGCCCGUCACUGCAUCCUCCUUGGCAUCUCUUCCUGCGGGUACAGCACCCGCCAGCACAGCUGGAGCAUCGCUUUCCUUGGGAACGGGCACGCUUUCUCCCGGGCAAAACCUUUUUUCUGCAGGUAAAAGCCAACCCACGGCGACAGCAUCAGCGAAGGGACCGACAGGUGGCAAUACUUCAAACCCUGCAGCGAUGCUUCCCUCGGCUUCAGGAUCAUUGCUGCAACAGGCUGCUGUAUCCGUGUCUGACGCCUCUGCGAGUAAUGGACAGGAGACCGCACCAGGAUUGAAGAGAGCUAGACCAGACAUGCUGGGCGGUAGCGGCACAGGAAGCUCGUCCACUGGGAGUAGGGGCCGUGGGUUCCUUGCUGCUGCAAGUGUGGCAGUGUCGAAUCUUACGGCAGCACUUCAGCAAACAGUCGCAGGCUCUGACGUUUCUGGGAACAAGGUGGUUGAUGGAAUGACAGAACUGAAGCGAGUUAAGCUGGAGCGGGGGGGUACGAUGGCAACACCGGCAGGGUUGGGUGCAGCCCAUGGUGCCGGGUCCGCAGCAGCCGCCUCUGGAAUCAUGCAAUCUAUGUCACCCUCUCUGAGUCAAUUGUCUAUGAGCGGUACUCCCACCGUAGGCAGGGGCCUGAUUUCGACUGGCUCUGGCAUGGGUGCAACGGGUUCUCAGCUGGUUGGAACAAAGUUAUCAUCACAUCAGUUGACCAGGACUGGUCCGCUCGGUAGCACGAUGCCCUCGGUAGUUGCGGCACCCGGAAGGGUGGUUCUUCCGCAAACAAUGGGGAGUUCUGAGAGCUUUGCCAGCAGGGCAUCGGACAACAAUUCCAAGCGACUCAGAAUCGACAAUACAGGAUUAGCAUCGAUGGGAUCGGGAGCGGUUGCAACUCAUGCAUUCUCGUGGGCCCCUGCGGGUAUGCAGUCCCUUAUGGGGGGGCCAUUGAUGAAAGGGUUAAAUAAGGGGGGGGGCCCUCUCACUGGGGGCCAAACAGGAGUAGCCAGGUCCGUCUUAGGUAGCGGUUCUCCGUCAUCAACACAGACUGACAGGAUUGGCCACUCUUUUGGCAGCUCGGUGCCGUUGACAUCAGCAGGAAACCCUGCUCUUCCUCAACAGGCGGUUCCUAGCAGUGUUGAUAUGCUUAGGACCAGGGUUCAGGACGCGAGGACAGGGGUUAAGAAAUCAAGGUCUGGGCCGGACAGCAUGGGCAUGACACCACUUCCAUCUGCGGGUCCGAGCGGCCCUGGGCCGCAUGGGAAUGGGAUCCACAAUCCUCCAGUAGUAGGCUUGAAGCGUCCGAAGUUGGAGAUGGUGGACUCAGAAAGCAUGACAGUGGGGAUGGCUAGUGAACGGAUAUCGGAAACAAUGUCAGUGGCGAUGAUGGGGUUGUCCUCUGCCGCAGGAGAAGCUGUUGGUGUUACUGCGAAUGGUUUUCCUGGCUCGUCAACGAGACUGGGUGGUGGUGAGGGCAUUGCCAUAAGGGGUGUUUCAGGAGGAGCUGGGGCACAAGGGGGAAGAGCAGGAGGUGUAGCAGAUGGUGUGGGUACUUGUGCUUCGUUGUCACUUCACAGUAGUGUUGCGGGAUGUCCUCCAGGUUCAACACCAGCUUCCUGCGCUGGAAUGGAUGCUUCCAUGGAUGCUUCCAUGGCAGCAAGCACUGCGUUCCCCGUCACCUCUUCCCUGCACAUCCCUAUGCCUUCAGGUGAUACUGGAUGUGGCAAAGCGAAGAACCCAACUUGGACCGAGUCCCCCAGGGAUUUUUGUCUCGCUGAUUCGCUGUCUCCUUCGAUCACAACGAGUCCAAUGGUGCAAUCCUCUGCAGCUAUGGACUCCAAUUUACCCACCUUGGCAGUGGGUUCAUCUGCUUCUGAUGAUCCUCUGCUGGCAAAAGGAAAUUUAGUCCAGGAUGUGGCACAGCUAGGCUUAACUCAGCGAUUGGAGACGUCAGGUUCAGCUUCUUCUUGCGAAAUCCAAAUGUCUGGCAAUGCAGACCGUAGUACUUCCAGCAUAACCGUAGCUCCUUCGUCAUCCAGUUCUUCGCCGCCUCCUGCUUUGUCUGUUAGUGGAGGCAACGUAAUGCAGUUUGUUGUGGAAUCUCCAGACUGACGUGCACGAGCUAGUCGUGGCUUGUUUUGUGCAUGUCGUUUCUGUCUUGUUGCGACUCGGCAAUAAUGCAGUUUUCGUACGAACUUUUAGACACCGUGCCACAUUUCUUCCUCGGACCAGGAAUGUGGCUUUUUUCGUACCUACAGGCUGACCGAACGGUACACACAUGUAACUGUUGUCCUACCGAUCAUGAGUUCAAACUAUGUAAGAUACAAUAAUUUCAGGGGCCUACCCUGUUUGUCAAAAGGAGAUGCCAAGAUGGUGAUUCUGACAUGCAAAAUAUCUUCUUUGUUGACAGUCAAGUAUGGGGAAAUACAGCGGGAAAGAAGCUUGAGCUGGAGCUUUCUGGAACUGCAAAUGAAAUGAGGGUUGCGUC